AGUCGGUCGUGAAACGUCAUUGGAAAUUUUUGUGUUGAGUUUUUCGGUGACUGGUACUGCGGAAAACAAGUGAAAAAUUCAACAACGCGUAUCUAAUCAAUUUUAUCUGUUCCAUUCAAAUUCUGCACCACUCGAUUAUAGUCGUCUAAUUGAUACGUAGCAGUCGCCGAGCGCAGUGUUCCAAAGUGUUGUUCGGAGAUCGUGUUUUCGUUCGCGGUACCUUCCCUAAUCAAAGCGAACUUGUUGGCAGUUUUCGGUCUACCAAGAAGCUGACGUAGCAUCUUGCCUUUAGAUCAAGCUAGUUACGACUAAAGAUUUGGCUGAUACAUUUUUCGAAACCUUGGAUCACCACUAAUAAGACAAACAAACCGGGACGAAGAUUGAUGAACCUAAAAUCGAUUGAUAUUUUAUGCUAAUAGAAAAGGGCAAACAGGUUGAUAAUACGCAACCUCUGAGUGCAUGGAAACUGGAAGCUAGGAGCUAGCGAUUCAAUCGACGGUUCUUGUGAUAGUGAUAAAUGUUGAAUAGUUUGAUUAUAUAAAUUUGUUACCCGUAAAGCUACCUAAUAACUCGAAAAUGUCUGGAAAAAGUAUCAUGAACAAAUUCGUUAUCCGAAACAUGACCCGAGCGGCUGUUAGCUGUUCCUAUCUGUGCUUCUUCUACAUGGUUUUGCUCUGCCUGCUGGAUACGGCAGGGGUCGGUGCAAAUAAACUUCCGGAGGAGGACAUAUCAAUGGUAACGGAAAUCAACAAUCCUGCGGUGGACAGCAGUGGAAGCCCGACGGACAAGAAAACCGGCUCCGGUGGCUUUUUCAGUUCCGAUGUCGGUUUCGUGCAUGCGUUCAUCGCGUCGUUCUCGGUCAUUAUCGUCUCCGAACUGGGCGACAAAACAUUCUUCAUUGCCGCAAUUAUGGCGAUGCGCCACCCCCGGUUGACCGUAUUUACCGGGGCCAUCGCAGCGCUAGCCCUGAUGACUGUUCUGUCGGCCAUUUUCGGCAUGGCGGCCACAAUCAUCCCCCGGGUGUACACCUACUACAUUUCGACGGCUCUGUUUGCCCUGUUCGGAUUGAAAAUGCUCAAAGAGGGCUACUAUAUGUCCGCGACGGAAGCUGCCGAAGAGUUGGAGGAGGUGCAAUCUGAUCUGAGAAAACGUGAGGACGAGCUGAUACGCUCGAUGAGUGGCAGCCGCAAGGAGACGGUAGAGCUAGUGCCUUUGAACGACCACGACGACAGUAGCAAAGCAGCCGAUCUGACCGGGGGUGGUGGAAGCACCCUGAACGGAUCGAUCCACUCGCUGGUUUCGGGUGGACACGAUCUGCCUCCGAUGCAGCACCACCACCAUCAUCACCAUUCAGCGUCUUCUGCUGCGAUUCGCAUGUCCGCAUCAGCAUCCCAGCUGCCAGUCGCAUCGAAUCAUCAUCUCGCUAGUCUUCAUCACAGUGAUAGUAGUAAUAGUAUUAAUAGGAAUAAGCAUCAUGGUUCAUCGAAAAGCUUGGCGGUCACGUCGAGUGAACAGACUGAACAGCGCCAGAGGACACGGGCUGGUCCCGUCAAUGGAGGAGUGAUCCACGCGGUCGCCAACGGUGGAACAAUUAUUAGUGGCCUUACCGAGGGGAAAGAUAACGCAUGCGCUACCAAUUCCCUGGGCCAGAGCAAACGGGUUAGCAACAGAAUCGAAUCUCCUACUUUUUCAUUGCUCUCCUUCUUCAUUAUUUUGUUUUUGGUUUCAUCUAGUUUCGGCCAUAGUGAACUUACCAUGAAAACCAUCACUAUUAAGUUCUCUUCAAAGCUCCUCAAACUAAGUGCCGAUUUAAAUUGUUUUUUUUUCCUUUCUGUUGGGUUCCAACCAUUUUCCGUUUAAUCCACUCCGCACCCU